AUGGACAGAGUGUUAUUCAUUCUCCUUUCUAUUAUCCUAGUUGCAGCGGCGCAAUUUGCGAAAGCAGCUCAAUCGAGCAACAGCACACCCCCUCCAGCUCUUUUCUCCGUCCCUAGUUCUUAUUCCUUUCUCAGCUCAAUCAGCACCACCAGCUUCAGUCUGAGCUCCUUCCCAAUUGACUGGACCACCGUUGCUCAAGUCCCCAGCUUGAAUGCAAUUGAAGUGACAGUAGCAGGCACAUGUGGGUGUGAUCUGACGCUCAACGGGUGUGACGUCAACUGCUGCUGCGAUGCAGAGUGCGACCAGAGUGCAAAGGCGCUGUUUUCGGAGUGCGCACCGGAGGGGCCGCCGGCGCCCUCGCUGGACUAUUGUGUGCCCAAGUCGCAAGUGGCCAAGGUGAACCUUCACCAAAGCAGCAGCCUGGCGGUUGUUGAAAAGACGGCCCCAGACGACGGGUUUCUGAGCAAGCAGUUGUGCAUCGCCCACGAAAACAACGCCCAGCUGGGGCAGUUCUUCUCCGACCCUGCGCCGGCCGUGGAAACCGAUCUUGCCACAGCAGCUUCCCAGUACAGCGACUUUACCUUUGGGAAGACGGUUCCGGUCGUGGCAGGCUCUGCAACGAACGUUUAUAGGGUUGGCGACUUGUUGCCUGCAGCUUACUCCCUGGGGGGGAAUUCGGUGCUGGUGGCCGCGGGGGCGGGUGCGCAGUUUGCGCUCCCCGCCCCAGUCCUGAGUGCCGCCUGCGAAGGGCUGCAGCUGGUUGGUUUCCUGACCGACGUACCGGAGACAGCAUGCCAGCGCUACAGUCAGACGCUCGCGCAGGAUUGCGAAGCCACGUUCGGAGCCGACCGCUUUACCGACUGGCUGCGGAUCGGACGGCCCAGUGCCUACGUCAGCGUCGCAACCGGAAUAGUCCGCUUUGCCGAUCCAGACACCGGAGCGCUGACGUCACUGGGGACGGCUUCGCCGACCGCUUAUGACAUGGCAUCCGGCACGUGCCAGAAUGGUUUGAGCAAGGUAGCUUACACGAUAGCGUAUGACGGCAGCGGUUCGAUCGUGUCCGUCAACGCUGACCUGGUGUUCACUAACACCACGGCCGACGCAUCGACUGGGCUGGCGACUCUCCAGCAGACGUUUAGUGUCAGUUGGGUUAGGCAAGGGACGCAGACCAAGGUGCGGCCAAAGUCGGGGAACCCUGGUUACUUAGACGGGUUCCCUGUGUUGGCGGGUCAGAUCGCGAAGUCAUCGGACGGCUCCAAGCAGGCGAUCUCUCAGUACACGGACGGCCUUCCGAUCCCGGCCGCCGGCCCGGACGGCCUCUGCGGCCCGAGCCACGUCAGCCACGUGGUGUUUGGAGCGGACUCGCUGACGUCAUGCGGCGUUCCGCUGACGCAAGCGCAGCUCGCCGCUUUCUGCCAAUCCUCGCCCCCCUCCCCGCUGCCCAUUCAACUGCUGGGCGGCCUCUUCGGCGCUCUUAGCAACGACACGUACGUCGCCACGUGGGCCAGUGCUGACGCCAGCAACGUCCUCGACUGGCGGGAGGUGGUCGUGGAGGGGAUGACGUCAGCGAUGACGUGGGACGCCUCGCUGCUGACGUGUCACGGGGUCGCGUCGGGUCUGAAGUACGAGUUCCUGGUGUCAAAGGUCGGUUCACGAGACAACCCGCAACGCGAGAUCAGCUUCAGCCGCGUGACGCUCGUAUACUCAGACUGGACGUUCCAAGACGCAACGCAACCCAACGUGGCCCAGACCUUCGUCAUCCAGAACACGGUCAAGUUCCUGCCACGUGUCCAGCCUGAAGCGCACGCGAUCGGCCGCCCGCCGCCCCCGCUGCUGCCGAGUUUGCCGGACGAUCUCUUCUAUCCGUUCUUCAUUACCUCGGCCGGAAUGAAGGAGUACAUGAGUUGGAGCCGAUUGUUGUUGACUCUGUUGAUUCCUUCUGCUCUGUUACUUUAA